CCUCGCGAGUAAGACAAUCUUGCCGUGGUUGAGUCUGUUUCUUUGAGUAGUUAUACAGUCCAGUACUUGUCUUGGUUAUCUGCAAGGAUUUCCCUGACAAGCACCCACCUGCAGAGAAAGGCAUGAAGGCGUCUCGCUUGACAAAGUUCCCGUCCUUGUCCAGGAAGUGGGCAGGAUGGAAGGAGUGCGGCUUUUCCCACUCGUCCUCAUCGUGCAGGACAGACAUGAGGAGGACAUAGACGGUGGUCCCCUGUAGACAGACGAUGUCACUUGUUAACGCCUGCCACCAUGAGAAUCAACCAAUCGGAGAGGAGCGCUUUGCAGAAAGGCCCCUACGCCACGCCCCACAUUGUUGGCUCGACCAAUGCAAAGCCGCCGAGAGGCACCUAUAGAGCACUGCAACAGUUUCUGCCAUGACCUUCACCAUGCACCCAUCAUCACUCAACACCAGGGAGAUGCUCUUGUAGUCUUUUAAACCACCCGCCCCCCCCUUCUGGCUCAGUGUCCUCCUCCUCCUGGGACCGAUGACUGGACCCAACUCCCCGAACCGGACCGGCACUGCCCCGGCCAAGCUGAGCAGGCAGGGUCGCUCCAAGAGCACCAGCGCUCACUGCCUGCUCCGCGGCAGCGCCCAGGAGGAGUCGAGCACCUCCAGCCCCAACAACGGCUCUCGCUCACCCGCCGAAGAAGAGGAGAAGGACGGAGGGGUCCUCUUCUAUGUCAACCGCGGCGGGUUCCCCAUUGAGGGCACCACCUGGGAGAGGAUGUGGACCCACGUAGCCGGCGUGCACCCGGAGGGUCGCGAGAUGGUGGACAGGAUACGCAACGCUGCAUAUCUGCCCAAACAUCACAUCCCCGCACUUCCCACCUUCAAGCCAUCCAUGUCGGUGCCAGACUGGCUGGUGGUGGUCCAGAACUUCAUGAAGGCUCUACAAUACAACCACACGGGCACACAGUUCUUUGAGAUCAAGAAGAACCGUCCUCUGUGUGGCUUGAUGGAGACUGCACGAGAGAUGAUCAGGGAGUCUCUGCCAAUCAAAUGUCUGGAAGCCGUCAUUUUGGGAAUCUACCUGACCAACGGCCUGACAUCUCUGGAGAGGUUCCCCAUUAGCUUCAAGACUCAGUUCUCGGGCCACUGUUUCCACCACGUGGUGCUCGGUGUCUACUGCAACGGCCGCUACGGAUCUCUGGGCAUGAGCCGCCGACCAGACCUCAUGGACAAGACGCUCAGCCACCGAACACUCGGGGAGCUGGUGGCCGAGUUUGAGAGCUCCUACAAGCGAUACCAGCACAGCCUCAAGAAGGUGAAGAUCGGCCUGUACGUGCCUCACGACCCCCACGUGUGCCAGUCCAUCGAGUGGAAGUAUUUGGUGCUGAACGCAGCCAAGCUGGGCCCUCAGGAGAUGAAGAGGGAGCUGGAGAAACAUGGCCGCGACAUGCGGAUGAAGAUCCUCAAGUCCUCCAGCGCUCAGUCUCCAAUCAAGGAGCGGAGCCGCGGGAAGUCUCUGUCGCCACGACGCCGCCAGGGCAGCCCGCAGCACCGCCUGCCGCACCGCAGAGACAAAUCGCCGGCGUCGGUGGAGAAGAAACCUCCGGAACUCAGCACACUCAACGACGGCUACCAGAUACGAAUUUGACCCCACCCCCCGUCACCUUCCCGGCCAAAGACGAGACGUCCAUCAAUUUUGUAGCAGAUCAUCCUGGACUCGUCCUCUAAAUGGACCAAUCAUCUCAACAAGGCUUGAGAGAUGCGACGGAGUGUUCCUGUCUUUGGAGAUCUCUUCCAUCCAUUAGUGCUGUCUGUCUUCUUUGCAUGACGUUGCUUCAGUCAUGUUUACUCCCAGGAGGAGAACUGGAGAAGAUUAUCAACAACAUCAAUCAGUGGAGAAGUCUCCUUCCAACAUCUGCAAGGUCAGAAAUGAAGCCUCGUCUUGAUGGAUGUCAGAGUUUCUCUCCAUGAAGACAGGAAGUGGUGCUGAUUUGAGACCAGCCAGUCAUGAACUUGCGUUCUUUUAGCACGGCCCAUCACACGUGUAUACAUGUACAUGCGCAUCCACAGGACUCCAAUCUAUAUGUGGCGGUGACGUAAUGACCUUUGCGAAAAGUGAGUAAAAAACACGAAAAGCAAAACUAACUUUCUUCAGUCGCUUCUUGUCGGGGUUUUUUUUUUUUUUUUCAAUGUCUCAAUGUCGCAACACCCACUGCU